CAGGCCGGGCAAAAGGAGUCUCAAUAGAUAGAUAACCGCCAACGAGACAGUUCCUGUAUAUGGGACAAGGACAAAAUAUUGGGGACAGAAUUCUAAAGAGCAGUUUCAGAGCUUUUGGGGGGCUCUUCCUUCUGAGAAAGCUUCUGGCCCCGCAGUGCAGACCCUAAACCCACUCCCACCCUGCAAGAUGAUCAAUGAUGAAUACCUGAUUGAGUGUAAAUUGGACCCAGGAGAGCCCCAUCCACGGGAGCCAGGAUCCACUCCACUCCUGCAGUCCACAGUUGACAUACCACCCAAAGGGGACACCCGGGACCCGCGUGGGAUCAACCAGCACCUUAAGCUGGAAUUUUCCGACAUCCUUGCUGAACCAUCGUCGUUCCGCAGCUUCGACCGUGUCUGGACCUGGAGCGACAUUGUCUUUGAGAGCUCACGCCUCUGGUGCUAUCGGAUCAUCUCGCUGUUGUGUGCUGUGCCUGUCUCCCUGUUCUCGGGCUUUCUAUUUGCCUGCCUCGGUUGCCUGCAUAUUUGGUGUGUGAUGCCCUGCAUCCAACUGUGCACGAUGGCGAUGCCACCUGUCCGCACCCUCUGGGCCAGCAUCCUCGAUGUUGUGAUAGCCCCCCUGUUUGGCAGUCUGGGGCGCUGCUGCAGUGGCAUCUACCUCACUGUCACCCAGAAGUAACAUGCAGUAGCGAAACCGACACCACAAAGACGCUUUUCCCAGCCUCCUGAGGGAUCCAGCAUUGAUGCUCAGCUCCAUGCAAGAGGAUUUACCCAUGCGGACUGUGAACCUGGGGCUGGGAAAGUGAAAUUGGGGCAGGGAGGAAGACAGAGAGAAAGAAAAAGUAGAUAUUUGAGAAGGUGCAUUGCUUCAGAAGAAUAAGAGGCAACUCCAGGUUCGGGAGACAGAACUCCGGCGUGCGGAUCCUGAAUUUCCUGCCCAUGUGGGAGCCGGGAAGCCGGGAGGUCUGGUUCCUAAUCCAAAUUGCUUAAGGCUUGAAUUAGUUCUUCCACAAGUUAAUAUCUCAGACUCUCUAGCACCUUCCUGAAUCCACAUGAAAAUAACCGGGGUGGGUGGGAUUAUCUCUCCGAAGUGGUAGUUUGUGGAUGGGGGAACAGCACAGAGGGAGAGAGCAAACAGAAGACCUCCACACCCAGUGCUGGGCUUUGGGUGAACACACAUCUCCACUUCACCGUCGCCAACCCUCCUUCCCUUUAGCAGCAUUUCAGUUGUACGUAUCCUCUGCCUUUUAAUAAAAACAAUGACAAGUUUA